AUGGAUUCCGCAAUGGAUACUGCGUCCACGGCUAGCGAUCACAGUAUCGCUUCGUCAAACGAUUCCCGGGGCCGACACAUUUCGUCCCCGAUACAGCACAACCACAAUGGUAGCAGCAGCCAUCAGCAUCCGCUAGACAAAACGCGCACACCGACGCCCGUCAGCCCGGUGCACAACAGCCACAGUGGCGGCAGCAACAACGGGCCGCUGAGCAAUCACCACAGUGGCCGCCAACUUUCGUCUAGUCCGCUGAGCGUCAGUGCCCAGGCCCAGAUGAUGGGCCAUAUGGCGCACCCGCUGAGCCCGCCGCACGUUUCGACGCCGUCCAGCAUGGCGGGCAUGGUCGGGAUGCCACCGAGGAUGGCCCAGAACCUGUCGCACCUGCCACCGCACGGGCUGGGCCUGCUGAACUCCUUCAUGCACCAUGCUAGUCCACUCGAUCUGAUGGCCGCGGCCCACCAUCACGUGCCGCCGCGAUCGUACAACAGUCCACCGCCGAUAUCCAGUUCUGAUCCCACGGCCAACGAGUGCAAGCUGGUCGACUACCGGGGCCAGAAGGUAGCUGCCUUCAUGAUACAGGGUGAAACGAUGCUAUGUCUUCCGCAGGCGUUCGAGCUGUUUCUGAAACAUCUCGUCGGCGGCCUGCACACCGUCUACACCAAGCUGAAGCGGCUGGACAUUGUGCCGCUCGUGUGCAACGUCGAGCAGGUCCGAAUACUGCGCGGGCUCGGCGCGAUCCAGCCCGGCGUUAACCGCUGCAAGCUGCUGUCCUGCAAGGACUUUGACGUCCUGUACAGGGACUGCACCACGGCAAGAUGCUUGUCCAUAAAGCCACCUGAGAGUCUUAACUCCAGUAACUCUCUGCUAUCGCACAGUUCCAGGCCCGGCAGACCGCCGAAGCGAGGCCCUGUUGGACUUUCCAUGCCCACGUCGCACAUGCCGCAUCAUCCGCAGCUGAAGAAGCAUAGGCUAGACAACGGCGAGUUUGUGUACGAGAAUGGACACCUGAGUGAUCUGCCCCGGCUGGAUAAAUCACCGCUGCUCGCGAACGGUUACAAUGCACCACCGACGCACCUGAACCACAUACCGUUCAUGCAGAUGAACCCGCACCCGUCGGCCGGUGGCCACCCGCUGAUGAGCCCCGGCGUUAACCCGCACGGCAUCCAGCGGCCGGACGGUUCCAUCAUCAAAGGGCAAAACAUCCCCGGCAUGGAGGCGAUUGCAAGGUCGCACCACACGGGCAUUUGGGAAAAUUGCAGAGCUGCCUACGAGGAUAUAGUGAAGCAUCUGGAAAGACUGCGGGAGGAACGGGGCGAUGACAGGACGCCUAACGUGGACCACAAACCGCGCGAUCUGAGCUCGCAGGGCAGCGGUCCACCGCUGACGGAUUCGCCGAACGGCCAGAGCCCGGCACUGAACCUGUCCAAGUCGGGCGUGGGGGAUCAUGGUGGCGGUGGCGGUGGUGCCGGGGUCGGUGGCGGUGCCAGCAGACCCCAAAGUGAACGAAGCAACCCGAUCUCACCGGAACCGUCCGUGCACGAGGAGGACGAAAAUAUGAGCGAGGCGAACAUAUCCGAUACGGAAGAACCGAACGAUAAGGACGAAGACAUCAGCGACUGCGAGCGGGAUAUGCAUUCGCCGGUGCCGGCCGUCAUGCCGAUACCGGCGGAGAUCGAGGCACACCGGCAGCAGGCGCUGAAUUAUUCCAGCUUGGCGGCUAGCGUCGCUGUUGGCGCUGUACCAACCGGACAGGACCCGAACAUAUCAUCCACCGAGACGCUACUGCGGAACAUCCAGGGGCUGCUGAAGGUGGCCGCCGAUAAUGCCAGACAGCAGGAGCGUCAGACGUCCUACGAAAAAGCCGAGCUGAAGAUGGACGUAAUCAGAGAGCGCGAGGUGAAGGAUUCGUUCGAGCGUCAGUUGGCCGAUGAAAAGCGAUUACGAGCACUGUACCAAAAGCGAUUUAAAAAGGAGCGUCGAUUGCGCAUCCAGAUACAGGAGCGGCUGGACGGUGAGCGGAAGCGGCGCGUACAGCUGGAGGACAUCAUCAAGGCAUCCGGCGCACCAGCCGAGGCGCUCCGUAUCAUUGCCGAAAAUAUCAGCAGCGAUCAACAGCAGCGUGAGAAGGAAACGCGCGACACGGAACGUGAGAAGGACCGGGACAAGGAGCGGGAACGUGAUCGGGACCGGCGGGAACAACGUGAUAAAGGACAGGAACGUGAGCGAGAGCAUCAUCUUCAGCAGGCGGCGGCGGCUACACUGGCCGCCCCGGACCGGACCCGGACCGACCGGUCCGCUAUCGAGGAAUCGUUGCGUGCCGAUAGGCAUCGGGUCGAGGCGGAACGCGAACGCCGCGCGUCCUCGUCCGAACGCUACUCGAAGGAGGAAAGUCCCGCACCGAACCAUUCGUCAUCGUCACGCCCGAGCCAGGAGGUGUCCCCAUCCCAGCCGCCGAUCAGCGAAGGUAAAUCGUGGAACUACUCCGGCCUCGACAUCAUGGCGACCGGGGCCUUCUGGCAGAAUUAUUCCGAAUCCCUCGCCCAAGAGCUGGAACUCGAGCGGAAGGCGCGCCAGCAGGCAACGGAGGGCGAGGUGAAAGGGCCGCUGCAGGAUCGUUCGAAUUAUUACAAAAACUCCGUACUAUAUACCAGUGCCACAUAG